GUUGCACAGCGCAUGCACAGACACACGUGCAGUAUAGAACAGGCAAGACUAGGGUACAGUGCAUCCAAACAACCAAACCUUCCUAGGGCCAGGGCCAGCAAGGAGCACUUUAUCUCGGAUUUCACUCAAUCGGCGCAGCACAACUUCAAGGGUGCAUCGGUUGGCCAAUUUGGGACACUUCAAAGUUCAAGUAUUUAGGUCGGAAAAACACCUUUAAAAUGGCAGAACAACCGCCAUCAAAGAGAAUGAAAGCCACUCAAGGAAAACAGUUGAAUGAAGGCAAGACCAAGAUCAUCUUCGAGCUGCCAAACUUUGAAGUUCUUCUUCAAUCCAAGGACAGAAUUUCUGCCAACAAUGCCCAGCGUGUCAACGAGCUGGCAGGAAAGGCUGCAAUCUCCAAUGCCACAGCUUCAAAAGUAUUUGAAUUUCUCAACUUGAUUGGCAUCAAGACCCACUUUGUUAGGCAAGAUACCGAGACGGCAUUCAUCGGCCGUCGAUGUGAUAUGAUUCCUAUUGAGUGGGUCACAAGGCGUGUAGCUACCGGCUCCUUUCUGAAGCGCAACCAGGGGGUUCAUGAGGGGUACCGCUUUGCACCCCCCAAGCUAGAGUAUUUCUAUAAGGAUGAUGCUGCAGGUGAUCCUGAGUGGUCCUAUGCCCAGCUGAUUGAGGCCAAGAUGACCCAUGGAGGUCGUCUUAUCGGAGCCCAUGAGAUUGAAAUCAUGGGUCGUAUGACCGUCACCGUGUUUGAAGUCUUGGAGAAGGCUUGGGCAGCUCUAGACUGCACUCUCAUCGACAUGAAGAUUGAGUUUGGUGUAGAUGCCGAGACAGGUGAGAUCUUGCUUGCUGACAUCAUCGACAGUGAUUCGUGGCGUCUGUGGCCGGCAGGAGACAAACGACUGAUGGUGGACAAACAGGUCUACCGUGACCUCAAGGAGGUCACCGACGAUGCCCUCCAGCAAGUUAAGAGGAACUUUGAAUGGGUUGCAAAGAAGCUGGACGAUUUUAUUCCCAAACCCAAGGCCCAGGUGGUGGUGUUGAUGGGCUCGGCCAGCGACAUACCCCAUGGAGAGAAGAUCAAGAACGAGUGCUCAUCCUUUGGCUUACAUUGUGACCUCCGAGUGACCUCAGCGCACAAGGGCACUGACGAGACCCUUCGCAUCCUGAAGUACUACGAGUCGCUAGGUAUCCCUGCAGUUUUCAUUGCUGUAGCGGGUAGGAGUAACGGCUUAGGACCUGUUCUAUCAGGGAACGCAACCUUCCCUGUCAUCAACUGUCCACCAGUCAAGGCUGACUGGGGUGCGCAAGACAUCUGGUCCUCUCUUCGCUUGCCAUCAGGACUUGGAUGUACCACCACUCUGUCACCAGAGGGCGCUGCCUGGCAGGCUGCUCAAAUCUUCGGCUUGACCAAUCACGUUGUUUGGGGACGGGUCCGUGCUCGUCAGCUCAACACAUGGAUCGGACUGAAGGAAUCCGACAAGAAACUCCAGGAUUCUCUUGCAUGAUUUCUUCCUUCUAACAUAAGGGUACUAUUUUGAUCAAAAUCAAGGUAUUAAAUUUCAUUUCUAUGUCAAGUUGCAGCUUUCCAAGAAUUGAUAGUAAACUAUAAGUACUAUAGAAAUCUUCUCUUAUCUUUGCAGAGGGCACUUGGUCAAAUGUUCAUAUUCAACCAUGUAUUAUAUGUAUUUCUCCUUGACUAAUUGUCAAGUAUUUCUUUGUGGUGUUUGCCUUGAAAAGCCAGUAGGUUGGGGGGGGGUGCACUCUCUACUUCUCUUGUGCAUUGGUAUAUAUAAUGUUGAUUGCAAUGUCAAUCAGUUCAACUGCCAAAAGAUUUUAUCUCUUCAAAUCGAUAAUCGAUUCAUGUACACAGGUCUGCUGAAAAUUUACUCCAUAUAUUUGUAUUACUCUGUCAAUUCUUGCACUUUGAUGACUAGCAUAUGGGUUUGGGUAUAUUUUGAAGGUGCUAGUCUUUUUCAUUGUGGAAUGUAUUUCAUUGUGUAUAUCUUAGGAAUGCAUGUGUAGUCAAAAUUUUAUUCUAAAUCACAAAUGAAUAGCUAUUUGUUUUUUCCUGUUUCAGUAUUCUCUUUGAUUUAUUCUCAAAAUAAAAAUGAUUUAGGAAGUUUACGAGGAGUGAAGGAACACAGUGGAAUAAUAAUUGAUAUUUAAUUAUAUUGAAUUUCUGUAGAUUAAAUUGGGAUUACAGGAAUAUACCAUACAUAGAAAAUUCACCUUUCUAUUACUGAAAUGGACUCGAUAGAUGAGGAACAUAAUGAUUUCCUAUGGAGAUUUUAAUCUUAUGUCAUUUACAUCCGGCAAUUCAUGUCUGUUAAAGGACAGCAAUCAAUAUGAUACUAGUCUUAGUAUGCCUUACUGUUUGCUUCAAUUAUGGAGAUCAAGAUGUCUAAAAGUAGCCUAUUAUAAGAGAUUCCUAUUAUUGUAUUCUGAUGUGUAUGAAUUCAAAAUGAAUUCUGAGGCUCGAACUACAUUCCUUUUGAACCCUAGUGGCGUUGUGAAACAAGUUCUUUUCGCCAUUUAAUGUUUGGAUGGAUUUUGAUUAUAUUCUUGGUUAGCAGCAUUUCAUUCCACCAUUAUUGUAAAAUUGUAAAAAUCCCUUGCUCAGCAAAAUCUCACUUUUUCUCCCUCUUUCAUCAAUUUUUUUUUCUUCUGGAAUAUUGGAUCAUUAAGGGAUUUUCAAUGAUUUAUAUAAAGGAUAAAAAUAAAGUAUAUCUGAAAUAUUCCACACCAAGAACUGUUUUUCUAGUUUACUUUGGAGAAAACAUGAGAAACUCGUUUGCUGUGGGAGAUAUUUUGUGUAGAAUUUAUUUACAUUUUGUUUAUUAGAAGAAAUAAAAACUGGUCUGUCCGGAGCACAAACACAUGAA